GAGGUUUAUCCAUUUAGUAUACUUUUUCUCCCUCUUCUUUGAAGAGAAUUUGUGAAGCUAUUCUCAGGCCAAAAAAUGGGUUCACUUCUUCCCCUUCAUCCCAUUCCAUUUCUUCCCAACUCUCCAAAAUUUAACCCAUCACCUAUUUUCCAGGCCCUCAACUCAUGUUCAUCAAUGUCUGAACUUAAGCAAUUUCACUCCCAAAUCAUCCGUCUUGGCCUCUCUACAGACAACAAUGCAAUUGGCCGUCUCAUCAAAUUCUGUGCUGUUUCCAAGGUGUUCUGAUGAUGGUGGGAGCUUUGUGUCUGAUGCUGAGAAGUUAGAGAAUCAGUUCAUUAAUGGAAGCUUUGAAUCUCAUCAUCAUCAACAACAACAACAACAACAACCUCAGCUUGUAGUUCCCAAGAAGAAGAGGAACUUGCCAGGAACUCCAGUUCCGGAUGCGGAGGUGGUAGCAUUAUCUCCGGAAACCCUAAUGGCGACGAAUCGAUUCAUGUGUGAAAUAUGUAACAAAGGGUUUCAAAGAGAUCAGAACUUGCAACUACACAGAAGAGGGCAUAACCUACCAUGGAAGUUGAAGCAGAGGACGAGCGGGAGCGAGACGAAGAGGAAGGUGUACGUGUGCCCGGAAGCGUCGUGCGUCCACCACGACCCAGGUAGGGCACUGGGAGACCUGACGGGAAUCAAGAAACACUUCAGCAGAAAGCAUGGGGAGAAGAAGUGGAAAUGUGAGAAAUGCUCGAAGAAAUAUGCUGUUCAAUCUGACUUGAAAGCUCAUACCAAAGCAUGUGGAUCCAAGGAAUACAAAUGCGACUGUGGCACUAUCUUUUCCAGAAGAGAUAGCUUUAUCACCCAUAGAGCAUUUUGUGAUGCCUUAGCAGAAGAACACAACAAAUUACUCAUUGCUCAUCAAGGAUCAACAACAACAAUGGCAGCUGCAGCUUCUUCCACAGCCAUUAACAAUGGACCUUCCUUUCAACCCCAACCUCUUUCUCAUCUUCUCUCUCGACCCAGCAUCCUUCCGCUGCCAUUAACAACGCUGCCCCACGACCUUAUGCCCAUUCCUCCAAAGCCCUUAAACCUAUCUGCUGGAUCCAUGUUUUCAUCUUCCAUUUCCAACAACUCCACCACCACCACCACCACCUUUCAAAACGACAACCAUCUCUUUCCCUCCUCCUCCGCUCUCAUGUCCGCUACCGCUCUGUUGCAGAAGGCGGCGCAGAUGGGAGCUGCUGUUAGCAGCGGUGGAAACUCCAGUGCUCCUUGUUUCAACUCAUCCAUGAUCCAUGAGAAGAAGGGUUUUGUUACAACGAUGGCUCCUUCUUCCUUUUGUGGGCUAUUGGCCACCAACUGUUUGCAAAGGUGUCCACAAGAAAAUAUGUUAUCCCAACUACCUUCAAAGGGAAAAGCAAUGGAGAUGGAGAUGAUGAUCGUCAACAACGACAUUCCGAUGAUGAAUGGAGUGUUCGAUCAGCCGUCGUCGCUCGUGGAAGCGGCUAGGAAGAAGAUGACACUAGAUUUGUUGGGGGAUGAGGGAGGGAACAAUAAAGGGAUGAAAUUUCAAGCACAAGAUCAAAGUAGUGUGGGCUUAUUGGAGGGUUUGUGGAGAAUAUGAUAAUUUUCUAAUUAAAAGGCAGAUUUGGGAUAUUUUAUAAUUAUAGUUCUCUCCUCCUUAAUUUGUUAGAAAAUUAUUAUGAGAAGAAACCAUUUUUUUCCUUUUCUAAAUAAGUAUAAUAAUAAUUAUCAAUAGAUUUAUAUAUGUUCUCUUAAAAGGAAAAACCUAAAGUACUCAUUUUUAAUUAGAAAAAAAAAGCAUAGAAUAAUUAUAUGAAUACCCAUCUUUUAAGUGUUAAUAUAUUAGUUAGUACAACAACUCAGGGUGGAGAUUGAACUUUUGACCUCUAGAGAAAAAAAUUAUUGUAAUUAAUGCUAUGACAAGCUCACUUUGAUAAUUUAAUGAGUUUAUGAUAUUGCAUAUGGAAGAAUUACUUUUU